CGGGGCCUUGGACUGCGGUCGUCGUUACGUACACUGUAAACAGGAAGUGAGCCGUUAGCCGAGGAAAACGGACCGUUGCUUUUGUGACGGAAAACUGAGAAGCCAUCAUGGGAAAAAGCUGCAAAGUAGUUGUGUGUGGCCAAGCUGGAGUUGGUAAAACGGCCGUGCUGGAGCAAUUACUGUAUGCCAAUCACGUUGCAGGUUCAGAGCCCAUGGAAACCCUCGAGGAUAUUUACAUUGGCUCCAUCGAGACUGACCGGGGCACUCGGGAGCAGGUGCGCUUCUACGAUACCCGUGGACUCCGGGAAGGGGUGGCCUUUCCUCGUCAUUACUUCACUUUCGCUGAUGGCUUCGUGCUCGUCUACAGCAUUGACAGCAAAGAGUCCUUUAAGCGGAUGGAGGCCCUCAAGAAAGACAUUGAUCAUCAGAGAGACAAGAAAGAGGUCACCAUCAUCGUGCUGGGCAACAAGCUGGACAAGCAGCAGGACGAGAGGAGAGUCGAUGCCAACUACGCUCAGAACUGGGCGAAGAACGAGAAGGUGCGCCUGUGGGAGGUGUCGGUGGUGGACCGACGCACGCUCAUCGAACCCUUCGUCUACCUGGCCAGCAAGAUGACCCAGCCGCAGAGCAAGUCCACCUUCCCCCUCAGUCGCAAUAAGAACAAGGGCGGCGGCUCCACAGACAGCUAAGGUGCUGCGCUCGGGCCGGCCGGAACGUUGAAGGGAAUGUUGCUCCUGUUUAAAGAAGAGUUUUAUAAAUGUGAAGAGUUUAUCAGAAGAGAAAAGGCUUGACGAUUGUAAAGAUAUUUCUAUCCAGCUGAUGCUGUUCUGCUAAAAAUGCUACUUUUAAUCAUGACAUUGUAAAUAUGCCAACCAGGAAAUGGAUCCGUUCAUCAUGUUGAUAUUAUUUCAAUGUUACUGAGUAGAAGUACGCGUGCUUGGACCGCAGACUGUGUGCUUUGGACCUACGUGUCUUAAACUGCUUACAAUCAGCAUUUUAUGUUUUUUUAUCCACUUUUGUCCUUUGAACAACAGAUUGCACAAUACUGCCCUGGCUUUGAUUUUAUAUAUACACUAAACGAGUACACAAACUGAAUCACAAAUGGCAGCCAUGUUCACAUGUUACCUGAUAAUUGCUUGACAGAGCUGUUGGAUUUCACAUGUUCCUGAAAGACAGAUGACUGAAGGGAUCGCUUUGACCCAUUCGGAACAAUCUAGAGCCGUUUGACUGUGUGGAUCUUUGUUACAUAAAGUUUGUUUAUUGUCGCCCAAUGAUUGACAUUCCUUACCACACUGAGCCUUGUGCACAUGUAGACUGUAGACGCUGCUGGCUCAGGUGUUACUUCUUCAGGUGACUCCAUGUUAAAAACAAAUGGAGCACAUUGCAGUGCAACAUCAGCACUUUGAGCCUUGUAAGUCACUGUUGUGGAUGUUAUAUUGUUCAUAAAGUGUGAAUCAUUUAUUAACUCUGUGUCGUUAUAUCACUCCUGAGAUGCUUUUCGUGUUUGCUUGGUGGAGACAUGUCGAAUAUGUGCUCGUCUGCGCCACGUCUGUUGACACUAUUCAUCAUUCAAAAAUAUUUAAGCUUUUAUAUGGUCACACUUUUUAAAGUGUUGAGAGUUUGUAUUUGUUUGCAUGUUUUGUCAACAUAUUAAAGUCCUCUGGGUGCUCGACUG